AUGGCGGCGAGGAGCGGCAUUGUCGUCGUCGCGGCGGCGCUCUUGGCCCUGGUGGCGGUGUCGCAGGCGCAGGCGCCGGGCCCCUCGGCGACGCCGGCCGGCCCGCCGAACGUGACGGCCAUCCUGGUGAAGGGCGGGCAGUACACGACCUUCAUGCGGCUGAUGAAGGAGACGCAGCAGGACACGCAGCUCAACAGCCAGCUCAACAACUCCUUCAACGGCAACGGCUACACCGUGUUCGCGCCCACCGACAACGCCUUCAACAACCUCAAGCCCGGCACGCUCAACAGCCUCACCCAGCAGCAGCAGGUGUCGCUCGUCCAGGCCCACAUCCUGCCCCAGUACUACACCAUGGAGUCCUUCCAGACGGCCAGCAACCCCGUCCGCACCCAGGCCUCCGGCGAGAAGGAGCCCAUCACCGUCAACAUCGUCGCCACCAACAACCAGGUCAACGUCACCACCGGCCUCGUCGAGGUCGCCGUCAACAACGCGCUCAGCGCCGUCAAGCCGCUCGCCGUCUACUCGGUCGACAAGGUGCUCCUGCCCGAGGCGCUGUUCGGGGCCAAGGCGCCGGCGCCGGCGCCCACCGCCUCCAAGGGGGGCAAGACCAAGAAGGGUGAGGCCGCCUCCGGGCCGGCCGGGUCAGACGACGAAGCCACGCCCACGGGCGCCGCGGGCGCCAAGGCCGUCGGUUGGGGCGUGGCUGGCAUGGCCGCUCUUCUUGGCUACCUCUUGUGA